AUGUUUUUUGAGAAGAUUGAUGAUCAAACUAAAAAAUCACUCGGAUCUCUUUCAGAGAAAAAAAGCGAAGUUGAAAAACAAGUGAAAUUAAUUGAAUCAGCAAUUGAACAAACUGAAACUCUGUUGAAACGAAGCUUUAGCACUGAAAUCCUUGGAUUCAGUGAAACAUUUGAUACAAUCCCACAGGAACAGAGCCCUCAAGGAAACUGUGACACUGAAUAUAUUCCUCGCUUUAGUUUCACUAAAAGUGAAAAACUGAUUAACCAGUUGAGCAUGAGUGAGGGGAUAGGUAAUGUAGAAUUUGUUUUUAGCGAAUUUAAAGCAAAACAAUCAGGUACUAAAGGUAAAGAAAGUAGUAAAGUAAUUUCGGGGAAUAAAGGGGAAAAUGUUCAUGACAGUCCUCUUGAGACUCAGGUUCAAACCAGGCGUUUCAGAUCUGUGCUGUCAUUUGGACAAAAAGGUAAGUCUGUUGGAAUGCUUAAGUGGCCCUGGGGUGUGGCAGUGAAUGAUCAGGGUGAAAUUGCUGUGACUGAGUACUGGAACCACAGGGUUUCAUUGUUUAAUAGUGACGGUACCCACUUAAGAUCGUUUGGUAGAUUCGGUAAGAAUAAUGGUGAGUUUAAGUACCCUUCAGGGAUCGCUUUUGAUAGUCUUGGUAAUAUUGUAGUGGCAGACUAUGUUAACCACAGAGUGCAAGUAUUUGAUAGCAAUGGUAACUUUCUUAGUAAGUUUAGUAAACAAGGAAGUCGUGAUAAAUAUCAGCUUAAAUACCCUGAAGGUUUAUAA